GCAUUUCUCCACCAGCGGACUGACCAGGCCCUUCGCAGCCGCUACACUGGGGCCCAGAGCCGGGCUGAUUCCCCCCACAGAUCCGGCAGGUGUGACUCUGGAGCUUCGCCGGGGAGCUGGCUGGAAACGUAACCGCUCGGGAUGCAGGAUUUACGGACAGCUCCGCGGGAAAUGCCCCGGGCUGUGCUGGAACCAUAACCAAAGUGCGACACAGACAUACACAGAGAAGCCCAUGCACAUCUCACACGGGCCUGUCUGCUAUUGUAACUUGACGUUUUUCCCCUCUGUGUGCGGGAUAAAGGCAGAUAAUCAGAGGUGAGGGGCUACGUUUAUUAUCCGAGCAGCGUGACGCGCACUCCUCAGCAGCUCCUGCGCUGUCAGACGAGGAAGUGAGGCUUCAAACACGCCCAUUUCUGCCUGUCGAAGCCCAGAGCCGUUCAUCAGAUAUCAGCAACAGACUUUAUAAACAUGCGGUCUGUCUCGGAUGGACGACAGCCGGAAUAAGCUGCAGGACGACGCGGAUAUCAGAGGUGUGCUACAGACUUUAAUGAUGGACAGGGAGCUGCUUCGUCCGAACCAAUCAGAGCACGGCGAGGCCACUAAUGGAACCAGCCCUCCCACAACGACCGACCCCUCCACCCCCACAACCCCCACCCCUCCUCGCCUCACCCCCAACCCUAUGCUCCUGGACUCCGCCGCUCCCGUGCUGACACCCACCACCUCCUCCCCUCCUCCCCCUCUCACCCCUGCUCCCUCCAUCACUGCCACUCACAUCCCAAAGGCGGCGUCGGCUCCGUCCCCCCACAUCCUCGUCCCCGCUCCACCUAAACUCACCUCAACCACCACCCCCGCCCUCCGCACGUAUUCCCGCCCAAUUCUUCCCUCCCCGGCGGGUGCAUCUAAGACAUCCUCACCCUCCACCUCCUCCCCUUUCCUCCCUCCCUCCACCUCCUCCUCCUCCCCCUCCUCUCCUGUUGUAGCCAGCACCACCUCCCCUGUCCUCUCUUCAUCUUCUUCUGCAACACACAGCAGUACUGUCAUGGCAACCAAGACCUCCACCAGCCUGACCAAUGGGAACACACGGCCUGUUUCCACAUCGACUGCCACACCCAUCAAGCCCUUUCACACACCAGCCAGCCCACCUGGCCGACAGGUAUCCCAGGCCCAUCCUUCGGGCUCACCUGGUCUUGUGCGAGCCAAUCAGAGCCCAUCCCCUGUCAGGCAGAGGGUAUCCCAGCAGACCUUGCUCUUGGGGAAAGGUCUCAAAGGGUCUGGGCAGGACCAGGUGCUGCUCCGAGCUCAGAUGCUGAUUCUUACAUCUGCUAUGCGACCUGCCCUGUCCUCCUCCUCUUCCUCUUCCUCCUCCUCCUCCUCUCCUGCUUCCUCUAACUCUGCCUCUGCUCAGCUCCAGAGUCUCACCCUAAGGCCUCCUCCCCCAGGGACCAUCGCCAUCCCUCCCUCCCUUCGUCUAAAGCCAACCUCUUCAGCCCCACCUCCCCUUUCUCGCCCUCAAGCCCCCCUCUUUCCCCCUCUCAGGCCGCGGCCGCAGCCCAGCACCACAGCAACAGAGAGCCCAACCACGCCCAGCCGCCACCUCUCCGUCCCCCCGCCAACUCUGUACUCUCCAGUCCGAGCCGUUCCUCUCAGACCCAGACUUCACUCUCCAAACGGCCACAGAUCGUCGUCACCGAGGCAAUCUUCAGCCCUCCAACCAAUCGCUGCUGCCCCCUCCAGUCAGGCGUCCUCCAUCAGCAGGCCGCUGUCCGGGAUGAAAACCUGUCCGUUAACUCAAUCCAUGCUUGGACCCAGCCAAUCACAGCACAGCUCAUUAUCAGUGACCAACCCAAUGUCUGUAUCUUCCCACUUUGAGCGCUCGCCUUCAGCAGCCAGGCAGCUGCAGAUCAUCGCCCUCUCCUCAGGCCGCCAAACUGGCGCCUACACCCACACUGUGCAGUCGCCACCACCAGUCGUGGAGUCCACUGAACUGUCCAGUCAAUCAAAGAGGACUCUGAGCGGUGAAGAUGUGCUUCCUCUUCCUCUGAACCCAACGUUGCCAAAAAACACCUCUCCUCUUCCUUCGCCUCCGUCCCUCUUGAGUCCGGCGUCCCCUCCAGGUCAGCCGAGUCCUUUAACACAAACUCUGAAUCAGAAAAGAGAGGCGAAGGAUGGCGAGGAGCAGAGGGAGAGGCCACGAGUGGGGAGACAAGGAAUCAAAGAGGACGGGGGUGUUGGGAAAGACCUGAAGGGGCAGAGAGACGACCAAAGAGAGAAAGAGAAGGAGAAACCGAGACUUUCACCGGGGAAGGAAGCGAGCGUCAGUCAGAAACAAGUACAGGAAGAGGAAAGAAGCAGAGAAGAAGAGGACAUGGAGGUGACAGAGGAAGGAGAGAGAGACAAAGAGAGGGAAGAAAGAGGGAAAGAGAAAAAGAGGGAGGUGGAAGAGGAAAGAGAGACGCCUAUGGACCAAUCUGAGGACCUGAUCAGUUCGGUUCUUCAGCAACAAAAUACAGAUCCAUGUCCAAAAACUGACAAUACCGUUAAAGACUCAAACACAGAGCCAAAACCUGUCAAGGGUCUCAUUUCUGCCCCAGUCCCAUCCUCUGUGCCAUCCCCAGUCCCAGUCUCAGCUCCAGUCCCGGUAUCAGUUCCAGUCCAAGUACCAGCCACACUCCCAUCCCCAUCCCCAUCCCCAUCCCCAUCCCCAGUCACAGUCUCAGCUCCAGUCCCAUCCCCAGUCCCAGCACCAGCUCCAGUCCCAGAAGUUUCUGUCCACAGUCAGAGGCUCCACGAGUCUCAUCGAGACGUCCAGCCAGUUGGUCAGGAGGACUUUUGUGAGAACAUGUCGACGCAGUCCGACAACCAGUCAGCGCUCUCCAGCCUCUCCUCCCAGUCUCCGCCCUCCUCGCCCUUCAUCACCCCGUCAGCUGAGCACCCUCCUCCCCUCCUCCCUGUUCAGACCGCCCACCCGACCGACCUCAGCCUAUCACAGUGGGAGGCUGAGAAGGUCGAUAAAACGGUCGAAGUGACGCAGCACCUUACUGAAGCUGAGACAGAGCCGGAACCGCUCUGCCAAUCAGAAGACGAGUCUGACAGCUUCAGCCAAUCCAUGAACAGCCCCUGGGAGCCGAAGGCGUGGCCCGAGGGACGGCAGGUUCUGACUCACCUGGUGGAGGGAUUCGUCAUCCAGGAAGGGCUCCAACCAUUUCCUGUGCACCGCUCGUCCCUCCUUGUUCCAGAGCAGGUGACCAAACCACAGGAAGUGAACGGGACCAAUGGGAAGGCAGUCUCGCCUGCGUCAGACACGGUGAAGAAAGCUGAAAACUCCACUGAGUCAGAGGAGGAUGAGGCCGGAGACAUGGACAGCCAUGGGAACAGGUCAACCCACAGGGACCGGACGGUGCUGCACUGUCAGUUCUGUGGGAAGAGAGGCCACGCCCACAACUUCAUGCGGUCCAAGCGCUUCUGCUCCACGUCGUGUGCACGCGGGUUUAAUGUUCGUCUGACAAAGCGUCUGAGAGCUCUGAGUGCGGGCAGUCGGUCUGAGAGGCCUCGUCCAGUCCUGAACAGGGCAGAGUCAGUCCCUGGGAAGCCUCUGCUGCUGCGGCUGCCUCGGGAUCUGUGGAGCGCUGGCCGGCGGGAAAAAGAAGGCAAGGAGAAGGCAGCGGCUGCAGAAGAAGAAGAAGAGGAUGAUGAGGAUGAAGACAUGGAGGGAGGAGCAGAGGAGGAGGAGGAGGAAGAGGACGGCGGGGAGGAGGAUCCUGCAGUUGCCAUGGCAGCCAGGAUGGAGCGGCGGGCAGCACGGAGAGCAAGAAGGGCGUCUGCACCCGCCCUGACCUCCUCCUCUUCCUCCACACCCACGACCACGUUUAAACCCGCCCCCUCGCAGUGGAGCGUGGAGGAGGUGACGGCAUUCAUCCACACCCUGCCAGGCUGCGGCGAUGUGGCCGAGGCUUUCCGUCUGCAGGAGAUUGACGGUCAGGCUCUGCUGCUGCUGACCGAGGAUCACCUGAUGACCAGCAUGAACAUCAAACUGGGACCAGCUCUCAAGAUCUGCGCUCACAUCAAUUCACUGAAAAACCAGUGAGCGCACAAACUGAAGUGUUCAUAGAAAAAACAGAAAAAUCUGAUGGAGACUAAAAUGCGAUUAAAAAAAGGAAGUUGUUGUUACAAAAAUCAAAAGCUGACACCAAGGAUGACAGAAAAAAGUCACAAAAAGAGCUGAAGGUAAUUUAUGAGAUUAAAAAUCGAGGAGUGGCCUUAGAGGAGCUGACCGAAGCAUGAAGACACCAGAGGAACUUUCAUCGUUCUUUUUUUUUUUGACUGUAGCAGGAGAACGCGGCAUUUUUGUAACUUUGUGUACAUUUUACAUGCAGCCGGAGAGUGUACAUUUGAAGCUAUUUCAUGAAGGAUUUUGAACAUUUAAUAUAUAAAUUUGUCUAUUUAGUUUUUUUAGAACGUGACGUCAAUGACAAAUCUAUCCAGUAGCUAACAUAACCAGUGUGUGUAAAAAAAAACAAAAAAAAAACAUCAAUAAUAACGAUGAUAGGUAGGCUUUGUAAGUGAUUAAUGAAAGUUUAAUGUUUUAUAUCGCUAUAUUCUGGACAAAAACAUGUCUGUGGAUUCAGAAAGUCACGAUCAGGGUAGAGACUGCUGUCUUUAAUCGUCACAUUUUUAUGGUAUCCUGCUUGAAAUUAUUUAAUAAAUGAAUAAUUAAUCAAAAAAUCAUCUUUAUCUGACUGUGAUAAAAUGAGGCUACUGGAUGUAAAGAUGGAUGGAUAGAGUGAGCAUGUAGGCCUCCCUGGAAAUGUUUUUGACUGGUUAACCUCAAAUCUGUGAGAUCAGACUCUUUACAUCAAUAGACAACUAACCCUCCAAACAUGACUUACCAAUGGGGUACCACAAGGAUCAACAUUAGGACCAUUACUUUUUUUUCUCCUUCUUUUUUAGCUUUUUGGCCUUAAAUAGACAGGACAGCUGAUUAGCUAAACUGGCACCGAACAACUGUUACCUUUUAAUCUGACGGUGAUUCUUCAGGCUCGUGUCAUUGGGAGAUGUGUCGUCUCUUUCCAAAGCUAUGCUGAUGACCCUCAACUAUGUGGCUGCAUCUAUUGCAGUGUUCAUUCCAUUGACUAAAACUAUCAAAAGGUCAUUUGACUAAAAACUGUGAUGUAAAGUAAGUCUAGUUUUCAUCAAUGAGACUAAAUGAGAAUAAAAUGUUAAUAAAAUGAUAGAGCU